AUGACUGAUCUCCAGGAACAAGCUCAGAAUGAACUGAAAGACAUUGAGAUGUCCGAGAACUUCUUUACCGACGACGACGACGACGACAUGAACCAUGUCGACAACAACUUUUCCAGAGUCAAUAUCGAUCAAGACAGCACAGUACAGCACAGAAUGAAUCAUGAAAACUAUGCCAAUGACCCAAUCUUCUUGUACAGAAUGUUCUAUAACAGACUGUUUCCCUUCAAAACAUACUUUAGCUGGCUAAACUACGACACAACACCGACAAGGAGCUUUACACAUCGAGAAUUCAGUUUCACCUUGCUAAAUGAUAUCUACAUCCGUUUCAAAUCAUUCCGUGAUGCCGAUGAAUUGAAGAAGGAAAUUGAGAGAAUUCAACCUGUCAAGAUUGAUAUUGGUGCUAUUUACGCAGUGAGACCCAACGACAAGAAGACGGUGAGCGAGAAAGCAUUCAGGCCAUUGGAAAAGGAACUCGUCUUUGAUAUUGAUAUGACAGACUAUGAUGAAGUUCGUACUUGUUGCAGUGGCGGCGAUGUGUGUCUGCUGUGCUGGGAGUUUAUGACGGUUGCUAUCAAGGUCAUUGAUGCAUCUCUCAGAGACGACUUUGGAUUCGAACAAAUUAUGUGGGUAUACUCUGGUCGUCGUGGUGUCCAUUGCUGGGUGUGUGAUGAAAGUGCACGUAAAUUAGAUAAUGACAGCAGAAAAGCAAUUGUGAGUUUUUUGGAUAUCAUCAGGGGUGGUGCUCAAGUAGAACGUAAAGUCAAGUUGCCCUCUAUCCUGCAUCCUUCUCUCAAACGCUCUUUCAACAUUGUGGAUACACACUUCAACUCAUUGGUCCUAUCAAAGAUGGGUGUUUUAGACAAGACAGAAACGUGGAACAAAGUACUGGCCAUCAUCCCUGAUGCUGAAGUUAGAGAAAAGGUCGAAUCGCAAUGGACCAGCCAUCCCAAUAAACCAGCAGCAGAGAAAUGGGACAUCUUGGAAAAGGAGAUCAGCAAGGCGGAAAAGAAGAAAAAGUUCAAGGAUGAGGUUGCUAGAGAUAUCAAAUUCCAGUAUUGCUAUCCUCGACUCGAUAUCAAGGUCACCACUGCCAUUAACCAUUUACUGAAGAGCCCCUUCUGUGUGCAUCCAAAGACAUUGAGAGUGUGUGUACCCAUCAAAGUAGACGAAUGCGAGAAUUUCAAUCCCUUGGCAGUGCCUAAUCUAGCCACCCUGAAUCAAGAAUUGGAGGAAUACAACAAGGAUCAUCCCGAAAAUACUCGACUUGCAGAUUACAAAAAGACAUCACUGAAGCCCUACAUUGAGCACUUUGAGAAAUUUGUGAACGGCAUGAUACUGGAUGUCACUAGAAGCAAACGAGAUGAAGCCGAACAAUCCAUGGAGUUUUAA